AUGGCAGUACCACAACAAUUCAAGUGCUACAUUGGCGAAGAGCGUCUGGCAAAGCUCCAAAAGAGACUGGAACUUACCGAGCUUCCCAGUGAAUUGGAGGGAGUAGAGCCAUGGACACGAGGGACGCCAUUGUCGGAGAUCCAUCGUCUGCAUGAAUAUUGGAUGCGUGGUUUCGACUGGCGCAAAGCUGAGAGAGAUAUCAACCUCUAUCCGCAAUUCAUUAGUGAGAUAGAGGUUGAAGGGUUCGGUGCCCAGUCGGUCCAUUUCAUGCAUGUCAAGAGCAACAACGAGAACGCCAUCCCUUUGUUAUUCGUCCAUGGAUGGCCUGGGAGCUUCCACGAGGCUUCGAAGAUUGUUCCUCUCCUGACGGCGGUCUCGGACGACUUCCCUUCCUUUCAUGUGGUGGCGCCCAGUCUGCCAUCAUUCGGUUUCUCCGGCUCGGUCCAAAAGAAAGGAUUCCAUAGCGGGAAGCAUGCAGAAGCACUACAUAAACUAAUGCUGUCUCUGGGAUACACUCAAUACGGUGAGAGUCAUUUACCCCUGACCAUACCUAUGCUGCUUUUCGAACUGGCGGAGCUGAUAGCUAUUCUGUCGUACAGUUAUCCCGAACACUGCAAAGCUCACCAUCUGAACAUGGUUGUCGCCUCUCAACCGAGCGAGGAUCAGUUUCCGCAACUGGUGGAGAAGAUCAAAAAAACACCAAUUUCGGAGCAGGAGCAGAUGGGCCUCGAUCGCUCUCAGAAGUUCUUCAGCGAAGGAAUGGCUUACGCUCUGAUGCAUGCGCAGCGCCCCCAGACUAUAGCUUACAGCAUGGUAGAUAGCCCUAUCGGCCUCCUUGCAUGGAUCUACGAGAAACUACAUGCUUGGACGGACGCAUAUCCCUGGACCGAUGACGAGAUUCUGACGUGGGUUUGCACUUAUUAUUUCUCGACCGCUGGACCUCAUGCACCCGCGCAGUGGUAUCACGAAAACUACUACUCCGAGUGUGUUAGUACCGUGACAAAGUACAUCGAUGUCAAGCUCGGUGUGUCCAGGUUCCCACUUGAGAUCGUGCAGAUGCCGCGGCUGUGGGCGCACACAUUGGGCCCGAUAGUGUUUGAACGGAAUCAUGACGCCGGUGGUCAUUUUGCGGCUUGGGAAAGGCCACAGGCUUUGGUCGAUGACUUGAGGGAGAUGUUCGGAAAGAAUGGAGGAGCUUUUGAAUGCGUGGUUGGCAAGAGUGGAUACAAGACAGGAUGA